AUGUUUUGCGGCGUACAGGAGAUCUUACAGGGAGAAUUUUCAAGGGAUUGGCCGGAGCACAAACUUGUGUGCGGAUUCGAGACCGACGAGUUCGAUAAGCUGGCGUUCGGUGCACUACCGACACAGCUACGCGCCCCGAGACGACUACCCUUCAAGCUAGACUUGGCAGCUCACGAGCGUCAACUUAAGGAGAUAUCUGCUUUGGACUGGGGUAGCGUCGAGGCUGGCUAUCGUCCAGUGGGAUAUCCUAUACGCCCCAUACUUUGA